GCGAGCGGGAGCCGGCGCGUGCGAGACUCUGCUCCUUGUGACCAUUACCGAAAACAUCUCUAUUGUGCCGAAUAAUAAAACAAAAGUAAUUGAAACGAAAAUUAAAAAAAAAAAAAAAAAAAAAACUAAUUUUUUGAUUUACGAGCUGUUGAGUUACGAUUAUAAACCAAGUACAGUUGUCGUGGAGAAGAAAGCUGCAAGGAAGUUGUUGAGUUUGUUGCGGCAGUUGCCGAGGAAUCCUCGACACGUUCAAAAUGAAAAUCACGACGACGAUACUGGUGGCCUGUCUGUGCAUCGCCUCAGCCGUAUCACUUCCCUUCAAUAAUGGACUGCAAUCACAGGCUCUCGAUCAACUGAUGGUAGACGAGACCGUGAACGAUCCGACGUUCAGAAGCAAAAGGACAAUCGGCAUUCUGCGACAGCUAUUUCCUGACAUCACCAAGAUGAUCGAAGACAAGGUCAACGCCAUUGUCGGCGAGAUCAUCAAGAUCUUCGGGCCCGUGGUGUUCCAGAGCAUCCUCGGGGGCAACAAGAACGCGGGCGGCGGUGGUGGUGGCGAGGGCGCCUCCAAGUCGUCCGGCUCGACCGUGGAGGCGAAAAACCCCUUCGACGACGACGACGCGAGCUUUACGGACGACGACGACUUCUUCAACGCUCCGGCUCAGUCCGGCGGUGGGUCCAUGGUGUCGGUGGGUUUGCCUACGGGUAAGGGCGUCGAGUCGACCAGUGCCAAGGUGGAGGAGACAUCUAGCUCCGCGGGACCGGAGCCCGAGGGGAGUGGGGUCGUUACCACGGCGAGCUCGAGAGAUCAGGAGCUGACCACGGUGCGGCUCGACGACAGUGCCACCAACUCGGUGCAAUGAUCGCGAGGGGUUGUACAGAGUGUGGUCGGAAAGAGAUUGUAGACGAAAAAGUAUAUAUUUUUCGACCCCCUCCCGUCGUUUGCUGGGCAGUAUAGGUGUUGGUUGGUUGGAUGAAGCGAACGAGCUGUACUUUAUGCGAGAUUUUGAAAAUUUCGUUGGGCAGUACUUUUGGCGUGGCUCAUACCUAUUUCCUAUACUUUCGUUGAAAAUAGAUUAAGAUUAUUCGAUACUAGAUGUUUCGUUAUGUACGCAUAUAUUAUAUGUAUACUUACUUUUCUCCCUUUUGACUAUAUCAUACGGGAUGAUUUUCACAGUUUUUCUUUCUACCUUGUAGUAUCUAUACGUUUUUUGUCUCAUCCUUUCUACGAGAUAUUUUUAUUCCAUCAUAAUUAGUCCCAUUGUUUUACUUUGUACAUCUAUUCACAACUUUUCAAAUGGUCACUGUCUGUGAGACAACACCAUAUGUAUCAUUCAUGUUGCAGCUAUUUCCCUCCCCCCUUUUUUUAACUUAGUUGUUUCCACAACAAAAUUUUAUACUUGCAAAUGAUGAUAUUUAAAACUUUUCGUCAUCCAAUUCGUUACCAUAACAACUCCGUUUCACCGCAUCUUCUCACAUCUCUUAUUACUUUCAACUGUUGCACUUGUAUUAUUUUAUUUUAUUUGUUUACAAUUUCCAUAUAAUCCUAAAACUAAAUGAACCAAAGUACACGAGUUAAACUCUAUUUAAAUUGUGUUACUAACAAAAUAGAGUACAACUUAGCGAUUAAAUACUAUUAAUCAAACUAGACAAUCAAAAGUUCUCUAGACCCAUCAUAUAAUAUACAUAUUAUUAACUUUCCCUAACAAGUACUAAGAACUUUUCUACUUUUCGAAUCAAUUAAAAAAUAAUUAAUGUACAUUUGUCGGAUCGAAAGAUCCACGCAAA